UUAGCUCUUCAAUCAAAGUGGCAUGUUCGUCAACUCGACGUCUUGAAUGCAUUCCUUCAUGGGGACUUAGAAGACACAAUGUUCAUGGAACAACCUCCUGGAUUUGUGAAUCCCAGCUUUCCUCAUCAUAUUUGCAAACUUCGGAAGGCCAUAUACGGCUUGAAACAAGCCCCUAGACAAUGGUUCGCCACAUUUUCUGGAUUCCUCCUGGAUCAUGGCUUCACUCAAAGCACAGCGGACUCUUCUCUCUUCAUUUUUCAGCAAAACGAUGUUUUUCUCUAUCUUCCUAUAUAUGUGGAUGACAUUCUAUUCACAGGCAAUGAUGCUCAAGCCAUGUCCUCCUUCUUCCUUCAACUACAAGGUCGUUUCCACAUGAAAGACCUCGGACAUGUUUCACACUUCUUGGGCAUCCAGGCGCAGUACUCUGAUAUUGGACUACCCUUAAACCAGCGUACAUAUGCUGCUCAAGUACUUAACAAGGCUGGAAUGACUGACUGCAAGCCUGUUUUGUCUCCUCUUCCCACUAAGAUUGCUUCAUCUACACACUCCAACAAAAACUUCACUGAUCCAGAAUUUUAUCGCUCCAUUGCUGGUUCACUGCAGUACCUCACCAUAACCCGCCCGGAUAUAUCAUUUGCUGUGAACUUCGUUUUUCAAUUCAUGCACAGCCCCAAGGUGUUGCACUUUCAACUGCUUAAACGCAUCCUUCGCUAUGUCAAAGGCACCACAGACUUAUCUCUUCAAUUCCGGCCCGACUCCUUUGACUUAUCUGCAUUUUCAGACUCAGAGGGUGACACAUCUGAUCGAAGAUCCUCCAUUGGCUUCUGUAUUUUUGUUGGUUCCAAUCCGGUUUCUUGGCACGCCAAGAAACAACCUACGGUUGCUCGAUCCUCCACUGAGGCAGAAUAUCGGGCUCUAGCUGUGACAAUAUCUGAGAUAUUAUGGCUUCGUCGUCUCCUUCGGAAACUGCAUAUGCUAUCUCCAACUACUCCAACAAAACUCUACUAUGACAAUGUAUCUGCCAUGGCAUUAGCAUCCAACCCGGUAUUUCAUGCCAGAACAAAACACAUAGAAGUGGACUACCACUUUGUUAGAGAGAAAGUCCACUCUGGAGAAAUUUGCCUUGCACACAUCUCCUCCCAAGACCAACCGGCAGACGUCUUCACCAAAGCACUUUCAGCUGCCCGACACAACCUACUUUGCUCCAAGCUGAUGGCACUUUUAGACCCAUCAGCUUGA